AUGAUGGCAGUUCUGUGGUUGCUGAUUUUGAGCUCAUGGGCAAGGCUUGCUGAUGCAUCCUGUUCCGGAAUGGUGGACGUGCCACAGCGCUACAGCAACCGUGAACUGAUCGAAGAAGGAGAUCGACUUCGUGAUGACGUCGACUUCAUGACUAGGCUCCGUCAAGGCCGUUUGAAGCGCUUGAGGGAAGAACUGCGCCGCCACAAUGUCACGGCGGCAGUGAUUUUUGAUCCAAUCAAUAUAAGGUAUGCUGUAGACUUUCGCAAUUCCGUUCUGUUCUAUGUGCGUAAUCCCUUGCAGUACCUGGUGGUGCCCACCAACGAAAGUGCAAAGUGUCUCCUCUUCGCGGGAUCCUUUGGUUCCGACGCCUUGUUGGAAGCCUUCAAUGGAUCGCUGGAGUUUCAUCCAGCCAUAGGUGCUACCAUGGCUUCGGCUGGUCCACGUGAAAAUGAGAAGAUCGAUGACUGGGUGAAUCAAAUGGAUGAGAUUCUUAGUCCGCUGGCAGAGACGAGUCCCUUCGGCAAGCGCAUCGCUGUGGAACGGUUUCAAGAAAGGGCAACCCGUGGACUGCGAGACAGAGGAUUUGACCUCAUCGACGCGCAGAUCCCCAUCGAAUAUGCGCGAAGUUUGAAGACGGAGGAGGAGAUCGUGGCCAUUCGCCACGGCAUCAAAGUGGUGGAAGAGGGGGUGCAUCGGUUACGCGAUGCUUUGUCGCAGCCAGAGGCCAAUGUGACAGAAAAUGAGGUAUGGAGUAUAUUGCAUUCAACAGUCAUUGCCUGCGAUGGGGAGUAUGCGGAAACACGGCUGAUGAAUUCUGGCCCGAAGACCAAUCCCUGGAUGCAGGAGAGCGGCACCCGUCGCAUCAACAUAGGGGAGACUGUCCAGUUGGAUACAGACGUUGUGGGACCAUUUGGUUACUACGUGGACUUUUCGCGCACGUUCACCGCAGGUUAUGGCCUGCCAGGGUUUCAAGCCACGGAGAAGCAGAAGAAACACUACAAAUUGGCCAUGGAGAUGGUUAAGCACAACAUGGAGCUUCUAAUUCCUGGUGCCUCCUUUGAACACGUCACCUUUAACGCCUGGCCCAUCCCUGAAGAGUUUCAGGCGCACAAAUACCACGUGCAAACCCAUGGGACGGGGAUGAGUGGAGAGUAUCCCUGGAUUUUCCAUCCCUCGGACUGGGCAUCCUACGGGUAUGAUGGCAUCGUGAAAGAAGGUAUGACACUGAGCGUCGAGGCCUUUAUCGGUUCAGAUCAGGGCGGAGAAGGUGUGAAGUUUGAACAACAUGGUGUGAUCACCAAGGAUGGAUUUCAACUACUCUCCACCAACGUUCCGCCCGAGCCAUAUCUCCUGGAGGAGUCGCCGCAGCUUUGCAGUGCAUGA